CGCGAAGCCCAGCAUAGGCUACUGUUAAUUUGGGUGUGACUUGUUCAUUCAUGUGUCACUGCGGUGGAGGAUAUAUAAACCACAGCUGAAGCGGGUUCGUCAUUUAUCAGGUGUAGUACUGUCACUGACAACAACACUGAGUCAGGUUAGUCAGGCGCAGUCAUGCUUCGUCUUGCCAAUGGACUCCAUAUCCUUGCGCUCCUGCUGCUGUUGAGCAUGUGUAGUUCAGCUGUUCACAACGACGCAACAGAGUCAGUCAGUACUCAGCCGGUCCACGACACUCUGGACGAGCUGGCCAAUGAAGACACGAACCAGGCGAGGAACGGCGGUAGACGGCAGGCUGUGCCCAAUGGUGCUGAUCAGAGCCAGGUGGGCUGCAGGGAGCUUAGGUCCACAAAGUACAUCUCUGAUGGCCAGUGCACCAGCAUUAACCCCAUCAAGGAGCUGGUGUGUGCUGGGGAGUGUCUGCCAGCCCACCUGCUUCCCAACUGGAUCGGGAGUGGAGGACACACUGGGAGGUACUGGAGCCGCCGCGACACCCAGGAAUGGCGCUGUGUCAUUGACCGGACAAUGACCCAGCGGAUCCAGCUGCAGUGCCAGGAUGGAAGCUUCCGAACCUACAAGAUAACUGUGGUGACUUCUUGCAGGUGCAAACGCUAUUCCAGACAGCAGAAUGACUCAGGACACAAGGACACAUCUGUCCACAGUGGUAAACAGACGAAAAAUCUGAGGAAGGCUGGACUCCCUGAAGAGAGAGCCGGGAGGCAGUCUGACAACUAAAGCCCAUGUAAUCCUGCAGUUACAAUGGAACUCUCCCAACAGCCAAUCCUUGCUGUAAAUAAUAACCAAAUAUUUAAGAGUCACACUAGAUAGAUGUAAAAGUGAAUAGUGUAGAUUUGUCUCCAGAUUUAGAUUAUUGCGACACAAAACACUGUUUUUAACAUUUGUGCAUAGCCCAAAACACAGCCCAGUUAAAGGAGUAGUUCAACAUUUUGGGAAAUGCUCUUAUGUGCUUUCUUUCAGGCAGUGAGAUAAUAAGAUGGAUAUUAAUUUCAUGUCUGUGUAUAAAGUACUGACCUGGAUUCAGGACAUGGUUAGCCUAGUUUAUAGCAUAAAGAAUGGAUGCAGGAAGAAACAGUUAGCCUUGGCUCCAUCCAAAGUUAGAUACUCCUUUUGUACACAAAUAUAUGUUGUACCUCGUCUGUUCAGUCUGUACACAAAAGAAAUGUACAAACAUGAAUUAGUGGUUUUAGGGGGAGAUAUGCAUUGGAACUAUUUCUUGAUGAACAACAUUUCUCUCUAUUUGCCCAGAAUUGUGUAGGUUGCCAUAUAUAGUCAGUGAGCACAGGUUUUGGUCUUGGUCUCUAAAUAGGCCCAAUGGCAACACGCCUAGCAAUUUCACUGUGAUGAAAAGACCUCAGUAAGCUGUACAAGGUCACUGCACCCAACUGUUUUUCAUCAAGAAAUAGUUCCAGCACAUAAUUCCCACCUAUUGUAAUUUCUGUUUGUGUACAGAUUAAUCAAACAAGAUACAGCAAAUUAAUUAAUGAGUUUUAGAACUCUCCGACUUCCUGUCUUUAUGCUAAACUAGGCUAACCACAUCCUGACUGAAAAUGUUGAACUAUUCCUUUGACAUGAAAUGACUGUUAACUAGCCAAUAUAGUCCAUUAAUAAAGCAAGUGAUGCUAAUUUUAAGUCAACAUUUUAUAAAAGACAAAUCUUUAAUUCAGUACAGAGUAAGGUCCUGGAUGUGUUUAUCUGAUACCCCAAAAUAUAAACCUUGGUUUUGUAACAUGCAACUACUGGCCAAUUCUAACAAUAGCAUCUCUUACAUUAACUUGCAUGUGUACAAGUGUGACAGUGGCAGACACUUGAUCCCAUACUGUAACUACAAAACAACAUGACACUACAAUAUUUGAACUCAAAAUGGUCACAUGUAUCAUGGGCUUUCACACCAAAUUUCCAGAGUUAUGUGACUCUACUAUCUGAUUCCACCAGGACUUAGGUAAUAGACCCCAAGCAUGGCAGAAAAUAUCAGAGUGAGAGGUAUUUGAUUUAACACCGAAUAUUCUGAUUAUUUAAACCCUGUCUCCUAGAAAUUAUGUUUAUAUUACUAAAUUGUUCUCCCAAUUAAGUUGUGCUGACAAAUGUAAUUGCGGCAGGAUUCGUUUCCUCAUGUUAAUAAAAAACAUAAUUCAGUCAGCAUUAUGUUUCCUUCAAAACGUAUUUGCCGUUGCAAAUGAGUUUUAGAUCAUUUCUGUGAGACAGGUUUGGAUAUUUGCAUUUUGAUCUAAUCUGUAGCAUCCAAGUUAGCUGCCUUGUAUGUGCUGCUCUUGAUUUUUGUGCUCUAUCUCACUCAAACUAUUCACUCUUGGACAGUAGAUCUAUUAUGUCACCUGAGAGCCCCAACCACACACAAGGAUUUACAAAUUUCUGGAAAGAAAUGCCAGGAUGGGUGUAAGGUUUGGUUUAUUGUGUCACAGAUAGCAGGUAAUUUUGCCAUAGAUCACUUUCACGUAAAAAUAAAGAAAACAGUAACCCAUUACUUAAUUCAAAGGCUCAAUAGACUUUGGAUGCCAAACAUGUAAAUCAUAAUGUUACCACGUUUCAUAAAAGUUUCAAAAGUGAAGUUAGAUUUAUAGAAUAUAGAAUAAUGCUUAGAGAGCCUAUAGUCUGAGCUUUUAUGGGUUUUAUGGGUUUUUCCAGAGUGAAUGGUAUGUAAUUAAUUUUUGCUACACAACACUUCUUCUUUCUUUUUAUAUUUUUUUCUGAAAUAAAUAGUUAAUGAAAAUGAUGUAUUUCUGAUAUAAUGCUGUUGGCAUACCAGACAGGCUCACUGCAAACA